CUGCACUGGAAGGUCUGCAAGACUUUUUCUUACAGUUAUUGAGAGAGCUUCAGGGUCUCUUUUCUGAGCAGACAUCAAGAAAGGUAUGACACAAGAAAGACCCAGCAUCUUGUAUUUUCAGACCCUUCCUCUGCUCUUCCCUGAUCUCUGGAAAUAUGGCAUGUUGACCCUCUCCAUCCUCCUGUUGCUGGUAGCACUAGUAAUUUUGACUUGUCAGCUAUGCAAAUGCUGGAAAUUCAAAAAAUCCCAGAAAGUAAGAACCUUUAUCAACUACGCUCCGAAAGAGAUAGACCAAGAGAAUGCCUUCCAGGGGAAGAGAUCACAAACAUCUCUUGUUGGCUUUGGAGCACAGUCCUCUCAUGAGAUCAAGAUCCAAAAUAUCCAAAAGGAGCUCAAGAAACUUGGAGUCUGCUUUUCACCUUCCUCUGACAUCAAGAGUCUUGCCAUGGGCAUCCUGGCUAAUGAUCCUGGUGCUCCUGAUCGAUCCCAAGGCAAACUGAGGUUCUCACUUCUCUACAACAAGAAACAGCUUGAAUUACUCUUGACUGUCACAGGGGCUCUGGGCCUCCCUAGACUUGAAUACAGCAAUACCUUUGUUCAGGUCCGGCUGCUAAGCCAAGCCACCUCCUCUUCCUCUGAUCUUCAGCACAUUGUCCAUGAAUGGCAGACUCAGGUGGUGAAGUCCGACAGCAGUCCCACCUUUGGAGACCAGUUUGCUUGCACUUUGAAGGAGACGGAAUUGACAAAGAGCAGUGUCAAGUUAGAGGUGAAAUACUUUGACAAAUAUUCUCGCCACAUACCACUAGGAGAAGUCAGGGUAGCUUUGAACACCCUCAAGGCCUUUGAAAACAUGGAGUUCUGCAGGGAGCUACAGAAAGCAACCAAGGACACUGUUGGGGAAGUGCUUGUUUCACUCAAGUGCCUUCCUAUCUCCCAAAGAAUAGAAAUUGGUUUACUGAAAGUUAAAACUACUUUCCUAUGUAACAAUGCAGAGAAGCGUAUAUAUGCCAGGAUUGAUGUCUUCUGCAACCUUCACAAGCAGAAGCACCAGAAAUCCAAGCCCAAGACUCUUGCAUCAGUGACUGUUUUCAAUGAAACAUUUUUCUUCCAACUGCCUGAGCCCGUAGUCUGGGACUGUGCUGUCCUCAUUUCAGUUUAUGAGAUGCAUCCCAAGAGCAGGCAGCUCGUUGGACAGGCGGCCUUGGGGAAGGGGGCAUCGGACAACCCCAGUGAUCACUGGGAACGCAUGAUGCAGUCCAUCCAGCAGCCUGUAGCCAAGUGGCAUCCCUUGGUUAUUUGAAAAAAAAAAGUCAAGGAGGAUUUUGAAGUGGGAAGGAGGUGAAAUGGGUAUCCCUCCUUCAUACCAGAUGCUGCUCCUGCAGCAUUCAAAAUGAGUGAAUAAUGAAUAAUGUCUGGAAUUGCUUGGUCAGGCAGAGCUGUUAUCCUUGAAGCACUCAUUUAAUGAGGGAUUCAUUCCCACAGGUGUUUGUUACCAUAUUGCUUUGCAUUAUGUUUUGCACUGUGAUUUUUGUGGUUGAAACUGGGAGUGUUUUUUUUUUAAAUAGCCAUUUUAUGUAGCCAAGAUCCUAUUUUAAAAAAAAUAACAGCAAACAGCACUCAAAUUUGAGGUCAGAUCACUGUGAAAUAGUUUUGAUGCAGGGUUGUUGCAGGUUUUUUGGACUGUAUGGCCAUGUUCUAGAAGCAUACUCUCCUGAUGUUUCGCCUGCAUCUGUGGCAAGCAUCCUCAGAGGUGAUGUCUGUUGGAAACUAGGCAAGUGAAAUUCAUAUAUCUGUGGAAUGUGAAAUAUCUUUCUCCCAUCCUGGACAUUCCACAGAUAUACGAAUUUCACUUGCCUAGUUUCCAACAGACAUCACCUCUGAGGAUGCUUGCCACAGAUGCAACCCCUAGAGUUGGACAUGACUAGACUUAAUGUCAGGGGAAACCUUACCUUACAUUAUUGAAAUUAAAAAAAACCAGCCUGACAAACAAGGAAAAUGUGUAUACACAUACUUUUCUAGACAGCACUCUUACACCCAGAUUCUUCCUCCUUAUACUGAGAACUGGAGAAGAGGGGCUAGUUUCAUAACUACACCGGCAUACAUAAUAUCUUCCAAGAGGGGAUUUCACUCCUUAUGUCAGUAUCAAUUAGUCUUUCCGGCAUCAAAAAUGCCUUGUGAUUUUAUCUGUAAGAAACUGUGGCUGCUGAAGUUGUGAUUUCUGGACACUUUUCAAAGCUGGUAUAAAAGAGCCUGAAACUCUCAACAGACUAUUUUGAAAUGUCCUUUGCUAAUACAUCUUCACUUUUCACCGAGGGCA